CCUGCCUCCUGCUGCUGCUCAGCAGAUUAAUAUGCUGAGAGGCUACACAGGCACAUGGUGACCCCCCCUCUCCUCCUUUCACACAGUUUCACAAAAAUUCCACACAAAGCAAUAUAAAAGCCCAAACGAUGGCUGGUUGGAAGCUCUGUUGAGAAAGAGAAGGAGGAGAGAAGUGAGGGAAAAAAGACAGUGUAUGAAAGAGUGGAGGGAGAGGCAGCGAGCGGAGAAAAACGAGGGGGUGUUGAGGAGGAGGAGAGUCUGAGGGGAACAGCUUAAGAGGGUGAGAACUUAAGAGUGAGUGAGCACACGGUGAGAGCAGAGAGUCUGAGAACAAGGCAGAAAGACUUCAAAUAUCCAUCAGCAUCAAACAGAGAUGACGUCAUUGUUCAAGAACCUGGCUGUGCUUCUUCUUUUUCUGAUUGCCACACCAUUCCUCCACUCCCACCUCUUCACUCAUGCCGCCUCUGCCUCCCCUCCCAUCACACAUCCACGAAUUAUAUUCAUGACUGACUUUGGUUCGGACGACGACGCUGACGAUGACUACAGCCCUGCUCCUAUAGUGCCAUUCUCCGCGAGGGUUCCCCUCACCCGGGAAUUGUGCCAGUAUGACCCCUGCUCUGAGAAACAGGAGCCCUGCGAGCAUCUUUCAUCACGGACUGGAUGCCUCUGUCCUGGGCUCAGUGGGGCUGAUAGGCCUCCUCACGCACCACGCAUCCAAGCACUGAAGCCGGUCAGUGAAGGGGAUAACAAGGGGAAAGUAGAGGUGCAGUGGUGUGCACCAUCCUCUGUGGUUUCUGACUACAUAGUGGUGGUUGAGGGAGGUGACACUCUGGAGUUUGGACAUGCUCUGCGACAUGGUUUGGUGGGAUCUUUGGAGGUUGGGACCAAGGUGUGUGUGGAGGCAAAGAACAAAGCAGGACACAGCACCCCUUCAGAGUUCUCCUGUAUGCGGUACGACCAUUCUGAAUCUUCUGACCAUAAAUUGUUGGCCUGGGUCAUAGGUGGAGGAGUCGCCCUCCUUCUACUUGUCAUCGUUGUAGCUGUGACCCUAUGGAAGCUUAAAAUGUGUCAAAAGGGAAAGAGAGACUCCACUGAUGGACUUGGGAACCCUUCUUACAGCUCAGAAGGACCUCUGUAAUCCAGACUAGUGUCAGCACGGACUACACAUCCCCUUUACAGGUCCCUUGAGAGGGCAUAGCAAUGUGAUCACGAACAAAAGCCAAACAGUUCUGCGGUGGUGUUGUGAUUCAUCAUAGAACCACAAAGUUGUUAACACUUGUGUUUCAGGAGUAGAUAUGUAAAUAUAUUGGGAGAAAGAGCAGUGGUGUUCAUGGAAUAACACUAACAGAUAGUUAACUGUAUUAUUUUGGGGUUAGAAGUACAGGUUUAUUUGCUGGCGAAUUAACCUCUGCAGAUUUAUUGUAUAGUGAAUUUAAUUGUAAAUAUUGUUUUUUAGGAAAAAGGUACUGAUUGAAACUUUUGUAAUAAACUAAAACAUAUUUUUUUUAAAAUAUAGUGUAAAAUCUCUUCGUUUCAUUUUUUGCUUUCAUUGGAAAGGUUUUGUAUAUGCCUGCAUUUCAUAACAUACAGAUGGGUGACAAAUAAAAGGAAAAACCAUGAUAAUGUAAGUUGAGUUGUUGGAUCAGUUUGAAUGUGCCUUGGCAGUGUAUACUUUAGACUGUGUAAGUCUCUGAAACAAUUUGACAUUAACUGAUAAAUAAAAACUAUUCAUGGCA